AUGGGAGCCAGGCAGUCCGGUGGCCGCUGCAAGGACAAGGGGACUGGGCUCCUGCGGGGGAGGCAGAAGUCCUUCCCGUGGGAAGAUGCCCUGCUCCCGGGGAGGGACCCGCGGUGUCUGCUGAAGCAGGGCCUGCGGCAUGUCAGUUUCAGCUUGGUCACCAAGGGCAUGACGGACGCGCCCGACUUCCUGUGGGGCCUCUCGGAGGUGCAGAAGCUCAACCUGUCCCACAACCAGCUCCGGGCCCUGCCGCCCGAGGUGGGGAAGCUGACGCGGCUGGUGGUCCUGAACUUGUGCGGGAACCGCCUGAAGAGCCUGCCUCGGGAGGUCAGCCUCCUGCAGAACCUCAAGGUCCUGUUCGUCCACAUGAACUGCCUGACAGAGUUACCGGCUGAGCUGAGCGCCUGCAAGAACCUGGAGGUCCUGAGCCUGUCGCACAACUGCCUGUCCCAGCUCCCCGCCAGCUUCGCCGACCUCUCCCGACUGCGGAAGCUGAACCUCAGCCACAAUCGCUUCGCCCACAUCCCCGUCUGCGUCUUCUCGCUCCGAGAGCUGGAUUUCCUGCACGUGGGCUCCAAUCGCCUGGAGAACAUCGCCGAGAGCAUCCAGUGCCUGGCCAGCCUGCAGAUCUUCAUUGCCGAGAGCAACAGCAUCCGCGCCUUCCCGCGCUCCCUCUGCCUGCUCACGAGCCUGGAGCUGCUGAACGUGAGCAACAACCACAUCCAGACCCUCCCAGACGAGCUCUACCUGCUGUGCAGACUGACUCGGAUCGCCUGGAACCCCAUGGACAAAGGGCUCCACAUUUCCCGUAACCCUUUAGCCAAGCCUCUCCCGGAGCUGGUGGAGGGGGGUCUGGAAAUGCUCUUCAGCUACCUAAAGGACAAAAAACACCCCUGA